AUGGAGGAAAUUGGAGAUUGUUGCAUCAGUUUGCAAGUGUUUUUGAUAGCAGUCGGACUGUGUGCAAACAUGACUGAGUUGUUAAAUAAUACUAUCCGUUCAGGCAAACGAGUAAAUAAGAUGCAUUUUGUACAGAAGCUGUGGUUUGCGCUUAACAAAACUAAUAUCGAUUGUCUCUACUGGAACGAAGAUAAAACGGCGGUCGUCAUCGAUCUGGACAAGUUUGAUGCAUCGAAGCUGGCGGAGAUUUUGAGAUGUAAUACAGCGGAAGAUUUUCUGUGCAUGCUUAAGCACUACGGUUUUGUGCGGCAACCGUUAGGAAAAAGUGACUCUAGUCAUGCCAUUUACCGUCAUCCAGUUUUCGAAGGAAGCAACGAACAGCUAAUCGAUUGUUGGAUGAAGGAAACUUACAACCAAUUAGAUGCAGACUAUAGUGCAAGUGCGUGCUCAUGUCUGCGACCAAACAGUUUGGCCAACGAAUUUCGUCCGCGAGAUAUUGACGACAAGUUUGAGAAAGUGAAGGCGAACAUAAGUAGAGAGAUGAAGCUUCUCAAUGCGUACAUUCAGCAAGAGUACGUUAAGAACGGUGCCAACGGUGUCGAUACAUUGAUCAUUCCGUUAAAAUAUUACGAUGAUGCGACUCAAGCGAAUGCAGUGACUACAUCCAAGGAAACUCUGGGCGUCGAUGGUUACCAUGGUAAAAAUGAUUCCAGUGAGCUGCAAACUUACUUUGGAAACGUAUUAGUCGAAGAGCAAGACGACGUAAAAGAAGAGUUUUACUUGAUUGAACGCCAGGAUUUAGACGAAAACUUGCCGGAUUUAGCGGAUCCAGUGACGACUACAGUUAAAUCAGAACCCAUGGAUACGACGGUGGAAAACUACCUGUGUAUAGACGAAGCAACACCGAACAUGAUUACGGAUAGCGUGCUGUCAUGUAUUGAGCAACUGGACUACGAAUGAAUAUGUUGUAUGUUAACAUACCGAAACAGGAGAUUAUUUUCAGAUUUAAAACAAAAUGUUCCUAUGAAUUUGAACCUAAUUUAAAUAUACACUCCAACAACU